GUGUGAGAAUAGCAAAGACCGAUAACCCAUAUAUGAGAGUUUGGAUCAAGAAGAAGAAGAAGAAGAAGAAGGUUGGUUGAUUGGUCCCAUUGAUUCCGAAGAGAAAAGAAAAGAUGUUUGAGCCACAACAGCUAUACACUCGCGCGAAGACCGAGGAAUUCGACCUCGAAUCAGGAGAAACCCUCUACCCAGGGCUGAGCGUCGGCGAGAACCAGCUCCGAUGGGGUUUCAUCCGCAAGGUCUACGGCAUCCUCUCCGCGCAGAUCGUCCUCACCACCCUCGUCUCCGUCACCACCGUUUUCUAUACUCCAAUCAAUGACCUCCUCAAGGGCAAUUCCACCCUCCUCCUCAUCCUCCUCUUCCUUCCCUUCAUCUUUUUGAUUCCCCUGUUGAAGUACCAGCAGAAGCAUCCUCAUAAUUACAUCUUGCUUGCACUCUUCACCGUGUCGAUCAGUUCCACCAUCGGAGUCACCUGUGCCAACACCGACGGGAAAAUUGUGCUUGAGGCUUUGAUUUUGACCUCCGCUGUGGUUUCAUCUCUUACUGGCUAUGCCUUUUGGGCGUCCAAGAAGGGCAAGGAUUUUAGCUUCCUUGGCCCAAUAUUGUUCACCUCCCUCAUUACUCUCAUCCUCACUGGCAUGAUGCAGAUGUUCUUCCCUCUUGGACCUACUGCCCAUGCUAUCUAUGGUGCAAUUGGUGCUAUGAUAUUCUCUGGCUACAUUGUGUAUGACACUGACAACCUGAUCAAGCGUUUCACUUAUGAUGAGUACAUUGGAGCCUCUGUUACUCUUUAUCUUGACAUACUCAACCUCUUCCUUUCCAUCUUAAGGAUCCUCAGGGAGGCAAAUAAUUAGUCAUAUCGAGGUUGAGUAAUACCAAACAAAUUCAAAAAGACUAUGUUGCUUCUUUAUUUUUAUUUUUUGUGACUAUGUUGCUUCUUUAUAGUAUACCGUAGGAAGUAUUGUGAAACAUAAUAACACCGUGCUUCUCUUGUACUCCCUUACAGCUUAUGAUACUUUUGAUGACAUGAAAUUUAAAGCUUUACAAUUGUAUGUAUGCGUGAUAUAAGAAUCUCCCUUGCGAAAUAUUUUCUGUUUGCUUUGUUU